GUUUCGGCUAGGCAGGGACCCCGUUCUUUCACUGCCGGCAGACGGACCUUAGCAGUCACAGCCAUUGACCGCGGGCGGCUGCUGCGAGCUUUGGCACCGCCUUGUGCUCUCACACCCAGUGCAGGUGUGACCACCUUUGCUUCAAACGAGUUGAUCCUCAUCCUCGACUAUCACUCCCACUAUUUGGCUCCACAUUUUCUCUUCUUCUUGGGCUUUCUGGGGUUUAUGCACAUCUCCAAGAUUGCGCUGAACCUCCUCCUCCUUUUUGUGAACCAUUACUCUGGCCUCGCGGCGGCGUGCUCGACGCCACAGAGCGAUUGCAAGGCGCCAGUGGUUAUUGCAUCGAACUGGACACGUGGUCCUCUCGCGACUACAGCUGUGGGUGCUGUACCAGCGAUUGAGCUCACACCACUCCAGAGAUCCGGCUCUCCUUGCUCACAUCUGGGAAGCAAUGGAUUCUGUGGAUCCUUGGCGUUGCAAGAUGCAACCUAUGUCCACAAGAAGAAGAAGGACCAGCAGGGUUAUACUCCCGACUGGCAGGAGACCCCAUGGGAAAGUCCACAGGACACAUGGAGUCCGAGGAGAAGGUCACCGCGCAAGCGCACGCAAUCUCCGCGCAAAAGGAGUGUCAGUGCCCGUGCACGCCAUCAACAAGACCAACCAGAUUUGAUGCAUGGACAUCAAGGUGGAAAAGGACAAGAAAAGGGCAAAGGCUUCGAAAAAGGUGGAGCAGUUGCCUUUGGGCACUUGCCGCCAUCGACGCAAUGGCUCUCGCCCCCGGCAGUUCCUUUUGCCACCGACUCCAGCACUGCGCCACAGUUGACCCCUGGCACAUCUUCGACACCAUCGACAGCAAUGCAACCAUUUGGGAAGUCCAAGAUGGACAAAGAGGACCCCACACAAGAGCUCCAAGAGCUUCGGCAAUUGCAUGCAGAAGUCAAGAAGGGAGAGCAAACAGAGGAGAUCAAGAAGGCCGUAGCCAUUGUGGAAGCAAUGACUCGGAAGGAAGACGCCAAGAGCUACAAGCAAUUGGUCAGCCUCCUCGACAAAGCCAGGAAGAAAUUGUCGGAUAUCGACGAACAAUGGGAAGCAUUUCGAUCCCAAUGGUCCACAUACUUGGACAAUGCAAUGAAGAUGUGGACAGCACAUAUCGACUCUUACGAGGAGGGCGAGAACAAGUUCGCAGAGAAGCGAGCAGAAGCUGCAGCGCAUCUCCAACAAGUGCGCGCACAGCUCCACGAGGUCCACAUCCGCACAAUGCAAGGAUCUGGCACCAUUCCACAAGGAGAAUUACAAGAAGGACAGACUGCCUUAGACGAGACAAUGUCCAUCGAAGAUAUGGACACAGUCGCCGAGCCCCACUUCAACCAGUUGAAGGAGGAGCUCAAGGGCGUGGUCCAGAGAGUCAAAGACACCAUCGAGGACAAGAUGUCCAAGAGAUCACUCUCAGUGCGACAGCAAGAAGGAGAAGAAGUACAGAUUGUGGAACCUGCGGACAAGAAAGCGCGGGAUUCUCAAUAG